AUGAACCAACUUCCCACUAACAAUCACACGGAAAAAAUGGACAACGUGGAAAUAAAAAAAUACACAAGGGAUGAUUUACUUUAUUUAAGGAACUAUCACCUUUCUUUGUUUUGGAAGCUAGAAAGAGACGUGGAAGAAAUAGGCCUUUUGUCUAGCGCGGAACAACACUUAUCUGACAUUUUGACGUCCUUAACCAACAUAGUUGACAAUAACCAUACGCUAUAUUGCUUAAUUCAUCAAGAUGAACUAAUAGGAAUAUUGAAGAUUGGUGUAAAAAAGUUAUACUUGUAUAACCAAAAUGAAUUGCAUUGUGAACAGUGUGCAUGUUUAUUAGAUUUUUAUAUACUUAAAAAAUUUCAAAAUAGGGGCCUUGGAAUUGAACUCUUUAACUUCAUGCUAAGAGACAACUCUAUAACUCCCUCGAGCUUAUGCUACGAUAACCCAUCCUACAAGUUGCAGAAUUUUCUGAAGAAGUAUUUCUCUCCAUGUAAUUUGAUCAAGCAGCCGAACAAUUUUGUCAUUUUUUCUGGAUAUUUUAGACGACAAGAAAAGACAACAAAAAUUGAGAAGUGA